AUGCCUCAUUCUGAAGCCGUGCUGCUGCAGCAGCUAUUCAAUUAUGCAAAUCAGACUUCAAAAUCAAUGAAGAACUCAGGUGUUACCGAGGAUACACUAGGGUAUCUUAAUGCAGUAAAAGUUGCAUUUGAAAAUAACAUGAAAAAGUAUGAUCGGUUUUCAGAAGUCCUAAGAGAUUUCAGUGCUAAAAGAAUUAAUACAAGUGGUGUGAUAGAAAAAUUGAAGAGCUUGUUUAAAGAGCAUAACUAUUUAAUUUUGGAAUUCAACACCUUCAUGCCAUCUGAAUAUGAGAUCAAGAGCACUGGAAACAAAUUAAAAGAUAAUGGUCAUCCUGGUCAAGUUCUUCAUUGGGAUGUGCUUGAUAUCAUUUGCAAACGAUUAGAUUUUGAAGACCUCUUAUCGUUUUCUGGUGUUUGCAAGAAUUGGAGGACUUUUCAUAAAUCAAAUUUUUUCUUGUCAGAACCAUUGCUCGUUCGUAUGACUGGUAGUUAUGAUAUAGGUGCUGACUCAUAUUCCUUUAUUAGCAUGCCCAAUCAAAAAGUUUAUGAUUUGAAGAUGAUGAGUAGCUUCCAGUCCCCCACCUAUCUCUAUGUUAGAGUUUCCAGCGGAUAUUUCAUCUUCUCCCAUAAAAGUAAUUCAUUUGUGCUAUUCAAUCCAUUUAAAAGAAAAAAAAUGGUAAUCAAUGCCCCCUUUACAGUUGAAUAUAUGACUCCUAAUCGGUACGAAUCCUUGCUUGCCUUUGAGAAAUGCUCAGAGGAAUAUGUCUUGGUGGUUUUAUGCAAUGAGUCUAGCCAUUUGUAUGUCUAUCGGUCUCGAGACUGUAGUUGGUUUAUUUAUUCAACAUUUGAACCAGAAGAGGAGGUGGUAGUCAACUUUGUGGUUUUGAAUAAUAUAAUAUAUCUUGUCACUAACAAUGUCAACAUAGGGGUACUAAACUUGAAUUCUGGAAAUAUUCAAUUUUUAAAUCUCAAGAAUACUCCCAAGAAAGAUCCCUCAAAUUCCUUUAAAUUGGUUAAUUGUGAUGAGCAACUUUUACUGCUUAAUUUAAGAUCCUCCCGCUCACGUAGGGAAGUUUACAAGAUAGACUUGUCAACCAUGAAUUGUGUUAAGAUGAAAAGUUUGGGCGACAUUGCAUUAUUUUAUGUUUCUUGGAAACACUGUCAGGCAUUGAGCAACCCCAAGAGAUUUGGGUAUGAGAGCAACCAUGUGUAUGAAGCUAAUAGUUUAUAUAAUGAAUGUGACAAGUAUGAUUGGAAUGAUGGUCGUCCAUCAACAAUAUACCCACGUCCAGGUCCUCUUAAAGACUUCUUUAUCUUUGAUUGGUGCUUUAGACAUGUAAAAUAUGAAGUAGAUUAUUCUUUAGUUGAAUAG